AUGAUCACGAAAGAAGGACGAGAGAAUGUGACCACCUGCACCUACUACUCAACAGAUCCUCUGGCCGAGACUGGUUGCUUUGACGCGGACUCCAUUGCUGUCAAAGUUAGCAGAAUUAUUCCUUACGUCUUCAUCAUGGCAGUCUCCAUUGCGGGAAAUAUUCUGGUAGCCGUUGUGGUUCUCAGAGUGCGCUCAAUGCGUAAAGCAAUAAACUUCUUCAUCUUAAACAUGGCCAUCAGCGAUUUGCUUAUAACACUCGUGUAUAUGCCACGGGUGGUCAGCAUUUUGAUGGCAGGCUAUAAAUGGUUAUCAAACGGAGCUGCUGGAUUAGUAUUUUGCAAAAUGGUGUAUUUCAUCCACGAAACAGCUCUCAGCGUUUCAAUUUUUUCAGCCGUUUGUAUCAGCGGUGAGCGAUUUCUCGCUGUAAUCCGUCCGUUAAAGUCCUUAGCUAACAACACGAAACCAGCGCGUUACCUUAUUUUCUUUUCGUGGACUGCGUCAGCCGCAGUACGUCUGCCGAUUCUUCUCGCAAACAAGACGACAAAGGAGAGCUGUGGAAACUAUUACUGCGAGUUGCACUUGGAAGAUUUAUUUGGGGCUGGAUCCACUGUCGUGUAUCAUAAAUUCAACUUGAUUGGGAUGUACGCCACGCCGUUAGGGGUAAUGGUCGCUCUGUAUUCCGCAACAAUCUUCACGCUUCGAAGGCGCAAUAGGCCCGGGAACACUAUAGCUACGGAGGCUACCUCACUCCCCGAGAUUUUGAACAGGAAAGUUUCACGCAUGGUUCUUGUUGUUAUCACUGCAUUUCUCCUUUGCUGGUUGCUUUACUUUAUUGUGGCAGUGAUGCAAUCAUAUGAGGUUUCAAUUCCAUGCAAUGUUCUGUAUGUUAGGCUUCUUCUGGCGCAUUUUAACUGCGCAUUAACGCCUGUACUGUAUGCAGUUUUCAGCGAAAACUACAACCGCGAAUUUAAAAACGUUUUGUUCGGGAGUCCGUGGUUUCGCAAAUCGAGGGUGCGCACGCGCACGUUCAACAUGGAUCAAGACCUAGACGCUAAACUAGGUGAACUUGGGUCACGUGGUUUCCCAAGGCAAAGAUUAGAAACCGCAACAGAAGUAAUAUAG